UUGGGCCUAAUGGCCAGCCAAGCUAUCAGGAAGGCUCUUGUGUUGAUUGGCAGGCACGGCUUGUGACUUUGCUGCCCUAUAAGGGCACAUCAACUUUAGGGCUCUGGUGUUUCACAGGCCAGCCCCCUCCCUAUACCCACAUCCACUCCCCCAGUAGUGGACGUAUUUUCUGGAACCUUCUGAAUGGGAGCUUCCAGAACCCCCCUCACUUAGGUAUAAAAAGAUGCUGACGUGUUGUGGAAGACUGCAUCAAGCCCAAAGACACUCAACGGGAAGAGCAGGAGUAUAGCUUUCACUCAGACUAAAAAUUCUUCAGAAAUCAGAAACGCUUCGACAGACCCAACCACCACAGAAUUCAUAUUCAAGUUUUCUCUGAUAGAUGCCAGAGAACACUACACGCGCCAUGGAGGAAGAUAUGGAGACCUUCGCCUUCCAGGCUGAGAUUGCUCAGCUGAUGUCCCUGAUCAUCAACACUUUCUAUUCCAACAAGGAGAUCUUCCUUAGGGAGCUCAUCUCAAACUCCUCAGAUGCCUUGGAUAAAAUCCGCUAUGAGAGCUUGACUGACCCCAGCAGACUUGACUCCUGCAAAGAGCUGAAGAUCGAAAUCAGGCCCGACCUUCACGCACGCACUCUUACCCUGGUUGACACUGGUAUAGGCAUGACCAAGGCGGACUUGAUUAACAACUUGGGCACCAUUGCCAAAUCUGGAACCAAAGCAUUCAUGGAGGCCCUGCAGGCUGGAGCUGACAUCUCCAUGAUUGGUCAGUUUGGCGUUGGCUUCUACUCUGCCUACCUGGUGGCUGAGAAGGUGACAGUGAUCACGAAGCACAACGAUGACGAGCAGUACAUUUGGGAAUCUGCAGCCGGGGGUUCUUUCACAGUUCGACCUGACACAGGAGAGUCCAUUGGCAGAGGCACAAGAGUUAUCCUGCACCUUAAAGAAGAUCAGACUGAAUACUGCGAGGAGAAGCGCAUCAAGGAAGUUGUGAAGAAACACUCACAGUUCAUUGGCUACCCUAUCACACUUUACGUGGAGAAGACAAGGGAGAAGGAGGUGGACCUUGAGGCAGGGGAGAAAGAGGAGGAUGCUGAAAAAGAUGCCGCUGAGAACAAAGACAAACCGGAGAUUGAGGAUGUUGGCUCUGAUGAGGACGAGGACACCAAGGAGAGCAAGAACAAGAGGAAGAAGAAGGUUAAGGAGAAGUACAUGGACCAGGAGGAGCUAAACAAAACAAAGCCCAUCUGGACCCGCAAUCCUGAUGACAUAACCAACGAAGAGUACGGCGAGUUCUACAAGAGUCUUACCAAUGACUGGGAAGACCACCUGGCUGUUAAACAUUUCUCUGUUGAGGGUCAGUUGGAGUUCAGAGCACUGCUUUUUGUACCUAGAAGGGCUGCCUUUGACCUCUUUGAGAACAAGAAAAAGAGGAACAACAUCAAGCUUUAUGUUCGCAGGGUCUUCAUCAUGGACAACUGUGAGGAGCUUAUUCCAGAAUACCUCAACUUCAUCAAGGGUGUUGUAGAUUCUGAAGACCUGCCCUUAAACAUCUCUAGAGAGAUGCUGCAGCAAAGCAAGAUCCUCAAGGUCAUUCGCAAAAACCUGGUCAAAAAGUGCUUGGAACUGUUCAGUGAGCUUGCUGAAGACAAGGACAACUACAAGAAGUGUUAUGAGCAAUUCUCAAAGAACAUCAAGCUUGGCAUUCAUGAGGAUUCCCAGAAUAGAAAGAAAUUGUCUGAUAUGCUACGAUACUACACCUCCUCUUCUGGAGAUGAGAUGGUUUCUCUGAAGGACUAUGUUUCCCGCAUGAAGGACAACCAGAAACACAUCUAUUACAUUACAGGCGAGACAAAAGACCAGGUGGCAAACUCUGCAUUUGUGGAGCGCCUCCGAAAAGCCGGCUUGGAGGUUAUUUACAUGAUUGAACCCAUCGAUGAGUACUGCGUCCAACAGCUGAAGGAAUAUGAUGGGAAGAACCUCGUCUCCGUCACCAAGGAAGGCCUUGAGCUUCCCGAGGAUGAGGACGACAAGAAGAAACAGGAGGAACUCAAAACUAAGUUUGAGAAUCUUUGCAAGAUCAUGAAGGAUAUCCUCGACAAGAAAAUUGAAAAGGUAACAGUCUCCAACCGCCUGGUCUCGUCACCCUGCUGCAUUGUCACAAGCACCUACGGCUGGACAGCCAACAUGGAGAGGAUCAUGAAGUCGCAAGCCCUGAGGGACAACUCUACCAUGGGCUACAUGACAGCUAAGAAGCACCUGGAGAUCAACCCGCUCCAUCCAAUUGUGGAGACCUUAAGGGUGAAGGCCGAGGCAGACAAGAACGACAAGGCGGUGAAGGACCUCGUCAUUCUUCUGUUUGAGACUGCCCUGCUGUCAUCGGGAUUCACACUUGAGGACCCACAGACGCAUGCCAACCGCAUCUACAGGAUGAUCAAAUUGGGUCUUGGCAUUGACGAGGAUGACUCGGCAGUGGAGGACCUCGCCCAGCCUGCUGAAGAAGACAUGCCAGUUCUGGAGGGCGAUGAUGACACGUCAAGAAUGGAAGAAGUCGACUAAAGUCUUCCAGAUUCGUCUGCUUUCGUAAUACUACUUUUGUAUAUUAUUUAAGUCAUUUGUUUCUAAACAUGAACUGUUUGUCACAAUCAAACAGAAAAGUCCACUCACUGUUAUUACAAUAGAACCUUGGCUGCUUAUAUAAAACUACACCUAGACAGAACUCUUUAUAUUUUGAUGCUGAUUAAUUCCAUGCAAUUGUAAUUUUGUUGGUUUAAGGAUAGUACAAUUCAUUGAUGAAUGAAUGUCGAAUACAGUAAAACCUCAAAGCAAUAUACUACAUCACUGGAAUAUGUAGCUUGUGUCUUUUUGUAACAUUUCUUUUUUUUUUUUUUUCUUUUUUAAG